GCCAAGCAGAGGGUGUGUGGCUCUCUGUACCUGAGCGGAGCGAGCGUAUCUGUCACGUACUCUCCAAAAGCGGGGCAGAGGCUUAAAACCGGACCGAGGCACCUGUCUCUACUGCUCUGGGAUGCCGUGCAGUGUCAGUGUCGCAUCAAAAACGAUGUUUCUGCCGCGCUUCUUUUGCAACUGAUGAAGAUUUUUUUAAAAAUCAUUUUGAAGACAUGUUUAUGUGGAUGUCUAUGAAUAUGUUUGUUCCGGUGUUCUGGUGUAGCGCGUGAGUCAUCGUUGGCACUGGCGAACAGGUGCUGUUGUCGGGGUCGUUGACAUGCAUUCCACCUGAGCUCGGCGUCGCCUGUCUCGGUGGUGUGGUGGCAGGAUGCCAGUGCAGGCAGCCCAGUGGACAGAGUUCCUGUCCUGUCCCAUCUGCUACAAUGAGUUUGACAGCAGCGGCCACCAGCCCAUCAGUCUGGGAUGCUCCCACACGGUGUGUAAGACCUGCCUACAUAAACUGCACCGCAAGGCCUGUCCCUUUGAUCAGACACCGAUCAGCACCGACAUCGACCUGCUGCCCGUCAACUGCGCCCUGCUGCAGCUGGUCGGCGCUCAGGUCCCCGAGGUUCAACCUGUGAGUCUGAGCAGUGCAGCAGAGGUUGAACACUAUGAGGUUUGCAGGAUGUGUGUAGAAGAGCUGGCUCUCUACCUAAAGCCUAUCAGCGGAGCAAAAGGUGUGGCAAACCUGAGCCCGAGUGUGCUGAGCAGGCCCAUGCAGAGGAAGCUGGUGACCUUGGUGAACUGCCAGCUUGUGGAGGAGGAGGGGCGUGUGCGGGCGGUUCGGGCAGGCCGGUCUCUGGGGGAACGGACAGUCACUGAGCUCAUACUGCAGCACCAGAACCCCCAGCAGCUCUCUGCAAACCUCUGGGCUGCGGUGAGGGCACGGGGGUGCCAGUUUCUGGGACCUGCUAUGCAAGAAGAUGCACUGAAGCUUGUCUUACUGGCUCUGGAGGAUGGUUCAGCUCUGUCUAGGAAAGUGCUGGUUUUGUUUGUAGUCCAGAAGCUUGAAGCUCGGUUCCCCCAGGCCUCCAAAACCAGCAUAGGCCACGUUGUGCAGCUGCUCUACAGGGCUUCCUGCUUCAAGGUGACAAAGCGUGAUGAGGACUCCUCACUGAUGCAGCUCAAGGAGGAGUUUCGCACAUACGAGGCUCUGAGGAGGGAACAUGACGCUCAGAUCGUCCACAUUGCGAUGGAAGCGGGCCUGCGAAUCUCACCUGAGCAGUGGUCCUCUCUGUUGUACGGAGAUCUGGUCCACAAGUCACAUAUGCAGUCCAUCAUUGACAAGUUACAGUCCCCCGAGUCAUUUGCAAAGAGCAUUCAGGAGCUGACAAUUGUCUUGCAGAGGACAGGAGACCCUGCCAACCUCACAAGCCUUAGACCACACCUAGAACUAUUAGCCAACAUCGACCACAACCCAGAUGCUCCCGCGCCAUCAUGGGAAGAGCUAGAAAGCGUGAUGCUGGCUGUAAAGCUGGUGGUUCAUGGUCUGGUGGAAUUCAUACAGAACUUCAGCAAGAAGAGCCACGACACUCCGCAGCCUCAGGCAAACAGCAAGUAUAAGACCAGCAUGUGCCGAGAUCUGCGUCAGCAGGGAGGCUGUCCCCGGGGAACCAGCUGUACGUUUGCGCACACGCAGGAUGAGUUGGAGAAAUUUAGACUGAGGAACAAGAAGAGCAGCAGUGUGGGUCAUCCGUUCCCUUUAGCGCAAGGUGCUAUGAAUAAAAAAUUCACCAUGGAGGGUAGUAUUCACACUGAUGUGUCUGGAGGAGUUGGGCAGGGGCUUAAAGGCACUGGGGACAACUCAGCGACCAUGGCAGAGGGAGUUCCCAGCCUGACACACCCCCAGCUCAUCUCCAGAGGGGUUGAUGUGAAGGAGGAACCUAAGAGAGCUGUGCUAAAUGGAACCAGUGGGGCAAAUGUGUCAAGCUCCAACAAAACCACAUCUGGGUCUACAGAACAGAAGCCUCUCUCUCCUCCCAGGACUCCAGUGAGCCACUCAUCAGUGAUGUCUCCCUUGGCCACAGUCGGACGGGCUGAUGGUGGUGCUCCUAUACCCAAACAUGGUCAGUUUCUUCUGCGUCCACCCCAUCCCUCUCAGGCAUCCGAGCUGUACUACCAGGAGCCCCAUUCUACAUAUGACACGCCCCACUAUCAGCCAACCUCAGGUUCCUACUACCCAUCAACUCUUCAUCCUCCUCACAAACCUUGUAUGGCUCGGUUCCUUAGAUCGUCCAAUGUCCCAGAAUCCUCAUUGCCACCUUCCAUUGGCCCUCCGUCUUCUUACCCAAAUGACCCUCAAACACCACACCCACCUUCUUCUUCUUCUUCCUCGGGAUACCCACCACACCCGCCUAGAGAUCGAAUGGGACCUCCUACGUUCCAUACCCAUCCAGGGCAGCCUCAGUAUGGGCCCUUGGGCCCUGCCCAUGGAGUUUAUGCUCCCCUUUAUGACAGCAGGAGAGUAUGGAGGCCUCAGCUGUACCACAGAGAGGAUGCCAGGAGUAACUCACUGCCUCCAGAGGUGCUGCAUUCCUCUGUCUACCAGCCUCCACUCAGGGAGAGGUUCAACUCUCUAGACAGCAACUACUGUUCUGGAGCCGAACAUCAUGCAGGGCUACACAGGGACUAUGGACGUGUUGCUCUAGGUUAUGAGGAUCUGUUCAGAAGAAAGCAGGAACAGUGGGCUCAUCAUCACCAUCAUCACAAUGCCAACAGGCCCUCCCAGUCUUCUCCCAUCUUCACAAUUGAUUUUGGAACAGAGCAUGUGGAAAAUAGUGGAGGUCAGUGUGUGGGGUGCAGGUUCAGAGGUGAUGAAAGUUUAGCGCACUACUCUCCGUGGUCCUGUGGCCCCUGCCUCAGCCCCUUUGAGCCUGAAACGCUCGCACACGCCUCAUCUCACACCUGCUCUGAUCGUUCAGAGUUGGACAGUAACGAUGGUGGAGUUGGUGGCGUUGGGGACAGUGGUGUCGGGAAGCGAUGGCUGCAUUCACUGGACAACUACCGUCGCCUGAAAGAUGAAGACCCAAUCAUUCCCUUUAGUGAGGGGCCCAUUAUCUCUAAGUGGGGUGCCAUUUCCAGGGCGUCCCGCACAGGCUACCAUACCACCGACCCUGUCCAAGCCACGGCUUGCCAAGGGAGUGCCAGUACCACACCCAUCAACUUCAAAGAUUACAACCCUCACCAUGACUACAGGUGGAGCUCCAGAGGAUCAGACUCUUCCAGCCACUCCAGUUUCCUGGAAAGUGAGCAGCUUUGUGCAUCAGAGCUGCAUGGCCGUCGAACUUCAGUAGGCAGUGGAGAGAAAAUUGUGUCUGAUCUGCAAGCUCACCAGACCGCCUUUAGUCAGGAUCAGGACCGAGCUGAGAGCGAGCCAGAUCCAGAUCGAGACAUUGAGCUUGAACUGCGUGCUCUAGACAUGGAAGAUUCAGACCAGCAGGAGAUAAAGUCUCAGGAGUCGUUAGAUUUGGUCACCCCGCAGUCUCAGGAUGCUUCCCGUCUCCUUCCACCUCCACGCUCGUCUACCCUUCUCUCAUCUUCUGUAGAGGAGCGCCCACAAACAGAGUCAGAAAAGAUGGAUGCUCACCUGUUGAAAAAGAUGGCCUUCAGGAAGUCUCUGUCUCCCGCAGGGUUGGUAUCAGGAGGUCUGGGCAUCGGGAAGCUCCAGGCUGGACCUCCUCGAUUGGGUGACACUUCCACCCGGGCUUGCCCUGAAAUACCAGGGCCAGAGAUGCUGCUCAAUGGAAGCUAAAAGUCAGUCACUGACCUGCGUAGAGCUACAGCCGAGUGCCACAUCGUGGUUGAAUGGAAAACCAUUUAAUUCCAGCCUUCAUUUACAUGAAUCAUAUGCCUAAAUGAAACUUUGACAGAUAUGGGUCAACAGGCACGCUGCAAGGUCAAGAGUAAACAUACUGUACUAGUUAUCAGAGACUUCACUGUUUAUGGUUAGGAAGCUAAAUGACCAAUUUUCCCUUACAGUAGAUGCUGAACUUGUCCAUGUUUGCUGCUCUAAGGCUGGUCACAUCUCGGAGGAGGGUUUGAGAGCUCAGAUCUGAUUGGUCACUUAGGAUUGAAUUCAUUAGUAUUUUUUUCAUGUUAUUUGAUAGCAAACAACAUGAUAGCAAAAGUUUAUGGGUGACAAUAUGGUAAAUGAAUGUUCUUCAGUUUUGCCAAGUUUACUGAGACCCUUUCUCCCAGUACUGAAUUUAGGUACACAGGAAAUUAAACAGAAGUCAUUUGCUGCAGCAGACCCUCCAUUUAUUUAUGCCUUUCCUAUACAUUUAAUGCUUUGACAGUAAUUUGCUGUGUGUAAUUUGCUUUUAGCUUGUGCCUUGGAAAAUGUGUUUCCAAAUGUGUCAAAACAGGCACUGGUUUAUAGUCAAGGCCCACAUAACUUUGUUAAAGGGUAAACAGUGGGAUUAUUUGUCCCAUUAUUUUAAGCUAUCUGACAAUGAUUUUUUUUUCCAUGUCUUGUUAGGCUAUAAGAAAUGCCUUCUCUGAGCAGCCUUAUGUUUCAUACUGACAUUUCAUUUCAAGUUUUCCCUAAAUGGUUAAUAAAUAGAUGGUACUUAUACUGAGACCAAAAAUAGGAAGGGCACGCCAUCCUUUUGAGAAAGUUAAAGAACAGCAUAGGUCUUUGAAAAAAAGUGCUGAUAGUGAAUCAAGCCUCUGUUUUUUGUGUCAUAUGAUCUUUUAUGAUCUGUUGGCCUUUGAAUUCCACUCCUGUCAUGGGAUCAGAGACACAAUACCACAGUCAUAAACUUUCAAAUCACCGGAGGUCAGUUUUUUAAAAAAAAAUCCAUGAUUUAACAGCUUUAUAGAUGCAUAAAGAAGAGAAAAAAGUUGUUCUUCUUUGUUUUAUUUUUGGAACAGACUUUCUAGUUCGAGGAGCAGGUAGAAAAAAAACGAAUCCAUUUCUCUACAAGCCGAGUUAACUUAAAAAAAACCACUUUCAUCUUUGUGUGCCUGCAGUGGUACUGAUCAACUACUCAUAGUAAGUUAAAGAGUGUCACGCUGACAUGUGACUGCCAUUCACGCAAUACAGUGGCCUUUCUCUCCUUAGUGUGGUCUAAAGCAAAGCAUGCGCUCUACAGCGACUUUGGUUCCUGCUCAUUUCAGAGGUAUCAUUGGACACAGGUGUGAUCUGAAAAACGAACCACAUUUGAAAAAACGCCCACGAUGUGUGAUUUCCAGUCCCGUCAGGUUUGCUUGUUUGUUUGUCUGUUUUUCUUUUUUUUGGUGUGCUGUGUAAACAAUAUUUACAGGCUCUGCAUGUUUAAAGGUCAGAGAAAGAUGGCUUUGUGCGCCUGUUCAGGCUAAAGCUUUGUUUUACUUUUUGAAAAGUUUUGGUUAGUUUCAUUUAACUAACUUCUGUGAAGUUGUUUGUUGGGGUAUUUUGUAUCAGGAUCUUUGUCACUCUUGUUUUAUUGCUCGCAUUUUACAUCACGUUAGACUGACCCCUGUUGUCUGGUGUGUUUAUCUGUGUCACGUUGCUGUCUGCUGUUUCUCUGUGGCUUUGUUUCAUAUGGGUGAUUUCCAUACAGCCCUGCGGUGCCUCACUCCUUUUAUAAACAUGAGGCUUCUUGUCAUGAGUGACGUUUUCUUAGUGACUUAAUAGCGUAAAAACGUGAACCCACCUUAUAUAUACAGGAUAUAAAGUUUUGAGGUUUGUUUACAUCUAAUUCUAAAUCUUAUGAGAUUUAUGCAGAAUCAGGAGGGGAGGGCUAACAGAUUUUUCUAGUGUUUCAAGCUCCUGCUUUAAUUUUCUCUUACCCAGGCUACUGUACCUAUUUGAAAAACAAUUAUUAUUUUAUAGAAAUAAAAAAAAAAGAGAGAGCCAAGGGAGUUGAAAAAUUGGACAAGACAUUUAAUUGCGACUUGAUGUGAUAUUCUUUUUAUUUUAAUUUAUUUUAUUUUCGUUUUGUCUGAUUGUGAAAGCCAAGGGCGGGCACAGGGAUUUAGCUGCUUCCAGACAGUUAUUAAAUCAGCUCAGCUACCUACUGUCACUCUGCAUCUGUUUACAACUUCACCUUUGAAGUACAACAUAAUAAUGUCAAGUGCCAUGUUGGGUACAGUACAAUCAGUCCCUGAAAUUAAUAUUCCUCCCCUGUAAACUGUGCGAGGAGGGAGAGGCUCUGUCAACUUGAGGAGUGAGAUACUUCUCUCGUAGUUGUGCUUCGUUCCAUUAGGGGGGGCUAGUGGACCCGUGUCUGUUUUGAAUUGCUCAGGGAAGUCUUAAUUUGCUCCGCCACUCUGGCUUUUUCUAUAUCCAUCACUUUGAAUAUUCUGUGGAUGUAUUUACCUGGAUUUCACUUGCCCAUAGCUGACCCUUUCACCCAAAGCAUACAUGGAUUAAAGUGUUAACACAGAUUAUAUUAUUUGCCAAUGUUUACUUUGCCAGUGUUUUCUUUGCCUCUCGGUAUUGGUAUUGGCUUUGCUAUUUGUGUUCACAUGAGAAAGGGCUGGGCACUACUGUAUGUAAAAACAGUAUUGUGAGUAUUGAAGUAAUGUCAAAGUGAUACUCCCUGCUUCCUUUAAAGUGUCCGGAGCACUGCUGUAGUGGCUAACUGCACUGCACUGCACUGAUUUCCCCCGUCACUCCCAGUGAGUGCCCCUUCCCGCUUCCCUUCACUCCCUCCACCUUUGUCCUCCCUGCAUCCUGCGUCAUGCAUGCAAUCUAAUCCCUCUUGUGAUGGCAGAGGAGUAAUGACAAUUCUGUAGUUGUGAUACAACACACCCAGCGCUGUAAGAGUUCUGCACAUGCCCACUGUGUGGCCACGUCAAGUGCUGAAGUUUGCUUGCAGCAUUUUAAUUGCUUGCUCAUGAAAAUCAAUUAUUGUUUAAUAGAGAUUAUAUUAUUAUUAUUAUUGUUAUAACCACAUUUGGUUGUUGUGAUAUUUUUUUUUCUUCUUGGUAUAUUCUAAGUCUGCUUCUUUUGAAUAUGAGAGUUUGCUAAAAAUGUUUUUUAUUAGAAAAGAGUGUCUCAUUAUUCUAUAUUAUAUGGGGGGGGGUAAAGCCUGUUUGUUGAUUGUGAAACAUAUGAACUGAUGUUUUCUGACUAUUCAUGUCUGUAUUAGACAUUUUAUUUGCGAAUCUAUUGUUCGAUUGAAAUGUAAACUAUUAAGAGAUGGUACACAUCCGUCAUUGUAUACAGUCUGGCACCAUCAUUAGAUGGACUUUUAGUAUAGAUGCUCAUUUAUACGACCUGUGAUAAUCAGAUAGAGUUAAAUGUUUAAGUCAUUGGGGCAGUUGUGUAAUGUUUCAGAAUGAGGAAAACACAAUCCUUAAGAGACAGUAUAUCCAAAAGGUCCCCAAGGUGAAUAAUACUGUUAUGUAUUCCAUUUAUUUCCUUGGAAAUAUCACUUUGUGAAAGGUUUCCCUUUUACUAACUGUGCAGUAAUGCAGGGCUGGAGUAAAGUCUAACCUAUGGUGGUGAUGAUUUAUGUGCUCUUAAUAAUGUAUGAAACUGUUUGAGUUUUGUUUUACUGACUGAUUCUUCUGGUGCAUUUUCUGGCUUGUUCAAAUGUGUUACAAUGACUUACAGACAGCUUGGCCCAGCGGCAGACUGCUUCUGUGUUGCACUGAGACAUUAAGUUAUGAAAAGGAAGAUUUCAGCACAUGAAAUUGCAUGCUAUAAUAA